GAAUUUCCAAAAUGACCAAUAUCGGUUUGAAGACACCUCAGAGAAAUCUGGUAUUGCCAACUUUUCUCAAUAUGCCUCUGAAUGUCGCAAACCUAGUUUUGGAAAAGUUGGAGCCCGUGGAUCGACUAAGCGCGAGAAAAGUGUGUCGCAGUUUGAAAACCGCCGUCGAGAAAUUUGGGUUACGUUUUGAUGACAUCGAUUUGAUCUUGAGGGAACAAAGUGUCGAUAUAGACUUGAACGGAACUGCAAUUAUCUAUACUAAUGCAGCAAAUGCCAGAAGGAUUGUGUGUCGCAAUGGAGAGAAAAAAAUAAUUGAUCGAGAGAACUUUGUGGAAAGAGCGCUUAAAGAUUUCAAAAUACUAUCGAAUCAUGCACGGAACGUUGUAAUCUGGAACAUGACGGAACAUGGAUGCGGAAUUGUUUCUUCUCUCAUCCAGUUUUUGAAGCCCGAAAAAUGUAUUCUCGUAAUGGAAAUAGAACUCAAUAAGUUCUCUUUUGAUGAAGUCCUUACGAUUCUUCCAUGUUUUGAAGAUAAAGAGCUCAAAAAAAUUGAAUUGUCAUGCAUUGCGUCAAUUGAGAGAUUCGAACAAAUCACCCAUUUGGAGCAAUGGAAAAAUGCGGACAAACUCGUAUUUUGGGACUCUAAGAUUGCUAGUACAAUGAUCAUUCAUAUGUUUCAUUUCAAAUGCUUCCGUAUUCACGACAUGGACGAGGUUCCGGCACAAAUCGCGAUCCAAAUGAGAGAUAAUCUUUUGAGAAGAAGUACAUUUCAAAGUUGCGAGAUAAUUUUUGCAAAAUCAAAGUCAAAUCCGAUUGAACUUGCAAAAGUAUUCAAACCUGACUACAUCGGCGAUAGUGAAUUAUUUUUGAUUCAUUUUUCAAAUGGCAACAGCCAAUUUGAUAUUUCGCUCAAAUAUUGGGAAACUGAUUCAAACUAUUUCCUAUUGAAAAUUAUCAAAUUGUGACAAUUCUUAUCAGUUUUAUUAGUUUUGGUUAUUUUUAUUUCUGAAAUAAAUAUAGUCCAUUUUAUUCAUAUUUAUUGUUCUAUUUUUGUAACUAAAUACUUUCCACUUUUGCAACCAUUUUUAGAAUUAAGCUUGUCUGAUAGGCUUUUUUCAUGACAAUUUCAAGUGAUUUGUGAUAGUUUAUUGUUGAAUCUUGAUGAUAUACAAUACAAUAAAUAAAACUGGAAUAAACUUUUAUGUAACU